AUGCAGGAGAACCCGAGUGUGCCCGAAUCGCCAUCUAGCGGCGAGUUGGCGCACAAUUAUUCGGACGCGCACUUGUCUAUGAAUGCGCUGAACAUGACCGCGGGACACGACAGCGUGCUGGCGGCGGAGAUACAAGAGAACAAUUCGGUGUCUCAGAAUGUUCUAGUCUGCAAACAAAAUCAAAUUGAAAUAAAAAUUUAG